AUGAAAGAAGACGUUGUAGAAGCCACCUCCAUCCACAACUUUAUGUCCAGAUUCAACAAAGAAUUAGAGCACCAGAACAGUUCACUCUUAACACAACAGGUACAAGAAGUGUGUGGGGGAGGAGAGUGCGUGGGAGGCUGCCAGGGCGCGGAGUGCGUGGGAGGGUGUGUGGGAGGGGAGUGCUGCCACCGGGAGUGUGUGGGCGGGUGUACGGCCCCCAGUAACGCCUCCGCCUGCGUCGCCUGCAGAAACCUCGCUCAUGCCGGCGUCUGUUCCUCUGCCUGCCCCGCCCACACCUACAGGGUGGGUGACGAGUGCCUAGAGUGGAAGGAGUGCAAGUCACGUGACCUACCGGUGAGUGAAGAGAGAUGUUCAAAGUCCUGCCCGGUCCCCGCCAGGACGUCCAACCCCCACUGUCACCACUGUACCGUGUACGUUGACAUCUCCCCGACAGGUGCUGGCGUCUCCCCGACAGGUGCUGGCGUCUUCACUACAGGUGCUGGCGUCUCCCCGACACAUGCUGGCGUCUUCACUACAGGUGCUGGCGUCUCCCCGACAGGUGCUGGCGUCUUCACUACAGGCUGCGGCUCCUGCUACACCGCCAUCGUCAACAACAUCCACGAAGCCCAGGACCUGGAGUUUUGUUCCUCAGUCGACGCCCUCGAGAUUUCCAUCACCGGGGGAGAAAACAUAGAGAAAGAGGUGGGGCGUCUACUGCGGAAUAUAGAGGUGGUGAGGGACUAUGUCAAGAUUUUCAGGACCAACAUCACAUCCACCAGCAUCCUGCCCAACCUCAGGAAGAUUCGCGGAGAGAAUCUGAUGUAUAAUAGGUACUCCCUGGUGGUGGUGGACAACCCCAACCUGCACUCCCUGACCUCCUGGACCCUCCCCGACCACAACUUCACAGUAGAGCGUGGGAAGGUGCUGUUCCAGAGCAACCCGCUACUGUGCCUUCGUCAGAUCCACGCCCUGGCGGCUGUGCUCGGCCAGGCGAACCUCACACACGAUGACGAGUCCAGAGCUAAUGGCCAGGGUGCUCUGUGCGAGGUAGCCCCAUUGUCAGUGAGCGUGCGGGCGUCCCCAGCAUACGGUACACUCACACUGACCGUAGACGCCCUUCCUUACCACCUUGCCUUCGUCGACGCCCUCUACGUCAACUACAGGCCGGCGCCAACCAACGUCACCCUACAUCAGGAGCCCUGCUCUGCUAGCGACGGGUGGUCGGUGAUCGAAGUACAGAGGGAGGCCCCGAAGGAGGGGAAGCUGGAGGUAGAGGUUGGAGGUCUGGCUCCCAGCACCCGCUACGCCCUCUAUGUGAGGACACACGCCCAUCUUCCCGCCAGGGAGGACGCUAGGUCCUCCGUCGUCUACGCCAACACCAGCGCCUUCAACCCCAGCGAGCCCGUGGGCUUGAGGUGGGCGUCCAGAAGCAGCUCUACCCUAGACUUGUGGUGGGAGCCGCCCCGCCGCCCACAUGGGGUGGUGGAUCACUACUUGGUAACCGCCCUCGCCCUUCCCGACCACCACGCCCUCCCGCCCCACCUCGACUUCUGCAGCCAUCACGAUAUAUCAACAGAAACAGAAUAUGGCAAAAGCCACGUCAAUGACAUAGUUGGCGAUGGUGAAAUGCAAGGAGAAAAUUGCAAUUCAUAUUUCCUAUUUCAGCGCGAGAACCAUCAUAGCCUCCACAAGGUUAGCGGUGGUGUCUUUCCUGGCGUGGUGAUGGAUAGACCCCAGCUAGAGCCUGGCUCCCAGGACCAGCCCAGCGCUGGACCGUCGUACAUACCAAGGCCGAAGAUGGAUAUCCCUGAGCAAGGUCCUAGCUCCCAGGACCAGCCCAGCGCUGGACCACACACGCCAAGCUCGACGAUGGAUAUCCUUCAACAAGGUCCUAGCCCCCAGGACCAGCCCAGCACUGGACCACACACGCCAAGCUCGACGAUGGAUAUCCUUCAACAAGGUCCUAGCCCCCAGGACCAGCCCAGCACUGGACCACACACGCCAAGCUCGACGAUGGAUAUCCUUCAACAAGGUCCUAGCCCCCAGGACCAGCCCAGCACUGGAUCACCUCACACACCGCGCGAGGAGCGCACUACGGAGGCUCUGUACACGCUGCUAGUAGCCGAAGAUAACGCCAACAAGGACCAGUUGCAUUCCUUCAGACGGAUCUUCCAGGCAUUUCUUACAGGUGGUGAUGGCCCGCCGCUGGUGCCUCUCGCCCAAGACCAUGCCCACCACUAUCAGUACAACACCUCCAGGUCGUGGGCGGCGUGGGCGGCGAUGGCAGGACGGUACCAGGUUCACCGCCCUCACCCAUUCUUACACCCACCACCAAGUCCCUUCACCAACGGUACGCUGAGGGUGGUACAAGAGAUAUCCCGAACACGCCGCCUCACCCUUCACCACCUGCGGCACUCCACCCACUACCUGGUGGGCGUGGUGGCGUGUCAGGCACCCACCACCUGCACGCCCACUGCCCCGCCCACUGCCCACCCGCCUGCUGAAGGCAGAGGGGUCCCGUGCAAGCUGUGUUCCAGUGUGGCCGCCAUGACAGUCGCCACCACUGCUCCGAGCACCACUGCCGACACGGUGCCAGAGGGCUCCCUCUCUGCCUCCGCCCACAACACCUCCGUCAGGGUCUGGUGGCAGCCUCCGCAGGCAACCAACGGCGCACUCCUCGCCUACCACCUCCAGUUCACCAGCAUGGGAAGUCAGAGGACGCGGUGUGUGUCUGUGAGUGAAUACGAGGCCGCGGGCGGAGGGGUGGAGCUGGAGGACCUGGCUCCCGGCAACUACACCUUCAGGGUGAGAGUCAGGUCCAGGGCGGGCUACGGCCACUACUCUGCACCCAUCUCCUGCCUCCUCCAGGACAGAAUUAUGGCCAGGGAGGGUGAUGAGAAGCGGUGGGUGAGUGUGGUGGUGGUGGUGGUAGCGAUGGUGGUGGUGGUGAGCUGUGUUGUGGCAUGGUGGUGGAAACGCUCCUACAACGCCAACACCAUCCCCACCACCCUCGACCAAGUGGAUGUGAACCCCUUCUACCGAGAAGGCUUCGCGCCCUCGGAGAUGUUUCGUGAAGAGUUUAUCGUAUGGCGCGACGACUUGAAGGUACAGGUGGAGGCACCGCUGGGACAUGGGUACUUCGGCAUGGUUUUCCUUGGUGAGCUGCGGGUAGGGGGCGUGAGCAAGCGGGUGGCCGUCAAGACCCACAGCGACACAGCCUCGACGGAACAGAUUGCUAGGUUCCUCAAGGAAGCUGCCGUCAUGCAGGAGAUAGAGUGUCACCACGUCGUGAGGCUGCUGGGGGUCGUGGGAGACUAUGCCCCCGUCUACGUCGUCAUGGAACUCAUGCAGAAGGGGGACCUCAAGACCUACCUGAAGAAGCACCACAGACGCCUCAUCUCCGACCAGAAAGUGGUGGAGAUGGCGUUGGAGGCCGCAGACGGGAUGACGUACCUGGCUUGGCGUCGGCUGGUGCACCGUGACCUGGCCGCCAGAAACUGUCUACUUGACCACAACCUCACGCUCAAGAUUGGCGACUUUGGUCUUUCCAGGAACCUCCAGUCAAAUUAUUAUAGGAAGGAAGGUCACGGGGUGUUGCCGGUACGAUGGAUGGCCCCUGAGAGUUUGCAGUUCAGUGUCUAUAGCAGCCAGAGUGACGUGUGGAGCUACGGCGUCCUCCUGUGGGAGAUGGCGACGAGGGGAGACACGCCUUACAAGAACAACACCAACGACGAGGUGAUGCGACUAGUGGUGGAGCAGCGGGCGAGGCUGGGGUCGCCGCCACACUGCCCCCUGCCCCUCCUGACGGUCAUGCGUCGCUGCUGGAACUACAACCCCGCCCGCAGGCCUUCCUUCAGCGCCGUCGCCAGCUUCCUCCUCAAGCAUGUGAGUGACCACUUUGAGGAGAGAUUCGAACGGGUAUCGUUCUUCCACAGCCUGAUGGCCACAAACCCGAGUGCCGCAAGUGACGACGAGGACCUCCACCCCCUGGCACUUAGCACUGCUAGUGACGAAGAAGAUCUCUACCCCCUGGCACUCCUCACCAAUACCUCUGACCUCAGCCAUGACAGUACACCAGACCGAGAAGCGAGGGAGUGGCAUGGUGUGUGUAGGGAGGGGCGGCUGCCAUCCUCCCAUCCUCGACCAUCACCACUACUGCUGCCACAUCAGCGUGCGGCGCAGCACGCUUCGCUGUACUACACCUUCGACACACACACUCCGGGGAAGCAAGAGGUCCAACACCUCCCCACACAAAGCUGGUUAAACCAGCUGCGCGCCGUCAGCGACCCACAUGUCUACACCAACUGCGCCACAGUCGACUUCCUACCUCAGGCGCCGCCUUCCUGCGCCCCCUCUUCAGAAGUUGCAACCAUACGGCACCUCACACCUGUGGCUACGCAUAAUGAAGGGGGCGCAGGUACAUUCCCCGCCGCCCUUACGUGUGGUGCGCCGCCGUCUGCUGCUUCCUCAGACACAUCACCGCCAGCCAGUCCUGGCAUCAGUGACUCGCCUACCACCGCCUCUGCUCCGUCGUCUCCAGUUUCCAAUUUAAGGCUGACAAAGCCAUUUACAUUUCCAGAAGGAGCUUUGUCACCCUCUUCCUCUCUGCCGCAACCAAUGUGUAAUGUUCCCUCCGUGUUUAUAAAUGCCACAGCUGCCCUUCCAGUGGCUGCCACCCCUGCUCCGUCAGGCUACUCCUCGCAACUACAUUCCCCUUCAGGAGAGUCCUUCACAUCUCUCCUGGAGUUUCCUAAUGAGCAGUUUACAGUGUUUGGUCGCCCGAGCAGCUCAGAGUCUCGAGCGCUAAGAGAGACGGAUACAUCUUUUAGUUCGACACCGAGUCCAGCACUGUUCUCCUGCACCUCCCUGCCGGUGCUAUCCUUACCCACGCUCGACCAUCCACCCACCACCGCUCCGGCGCCUACCUCCGUCAGCGUAGCAGCUUUGACAGCAUCUGCACUGCCGCUUUCCUUAUCUUGUCCUUCCAACACGUCUACCUUCAGUGCUACAAGUGACCUUGCCUCUGGCCGCCGCUGCCGCAGCGUUAGUCGCCGGAGCCGCUCGUCGCUGGGCGCGGCGGGCGGCGCGGCGCCCCUGUGA